CCUCUAUGUUUUUUUUUUUGUGCCACCACUCAGACACUCCCUCUUUUAGGCAUACACCAACAAGCCUAGCAAUCUCUCUAUCAUGGAAAAGCUCAACAUAGAGAGUGAUGCUCAAGACAAUUUCAAUAUUCUUUCUUCCUCAACCUCCACUUCCUCUUCAUCUUCUUUCCCCUCCUCCUCCUCCUCAUCAUCCUCAUCGUCCUCUUCCAAUGAAUUGGUUCCCUUUCCGGGAGGGAAUUCAGAGGAUGACAUGCCGAGACAAGGUGGGAGAAAAGUACAAGGAAUGAAAAAUGGGAAUGAGAGUAGGAAGAGGCAGAAGACGGAGAAUGAUGGGAAGCAGCAUCCGACGUAUCGAGGAGUGCGAAUGCGAAAUUGGGGCAAAUGGGUGUCGGAGAUCCGGGAGCCCAAGAAGAAGUCUAGGAUUUGGCUAGGGACGUAUCCUACGGCGGAAAUGGCAGCUCGGGCACACGAUGUGGCGGCGCUCGCCAUCAAGGGUAGCUCUCCCCACCUCAAUUUCCCUGAAUUGGCGCACGCGCUUCCCCGCCCCGCCUCUACCUCCCCUAAGGACAUCCAAGCCGCGGCGGCGGAGGCGGCCAACACCACAUUCUCGCAGCCUGAUGAGACGGAAGUUGAAGCUGAGCACCCCGUAUCAUCGGAAAACACGCUGGAGUCAUCAAAUUCAACGUCAGUAGACAACGAUGACGCGUUUUUUGACCUCCCUGAUAUAGUGAUGGAUGUCAUGGACCUUACCGGAGAUAGGUUUUGCUACUACUACUAUCCGUUAUGGCAGCCGGCCGGAGGGGCUGAUAACAUAUUCCGGCCGGUGGAGGAGCCAUUUUUAUGGGAGUAGUAGUAUCUACCUAUCUAUCUAUCUAUCAACUGGACUAUGUUUCCAUGGCCAUCACAUUGAUGGGAACUGCGUGUCACUGCCUUCUCCAUACACCCAAAGAGGAAGAAGAAAAGCCCAACAGAUAAGUUGAGAAUUAAAAUCAUCAUCAGAAAGUAGAAGGGUUGGUUGUGCUGUUUCUACUUUGGUUCAUAUUGGAUAUGCCUCCAUUGAAAGAGGGUGGUUGCAUUUCUCUUUUUCUUUUCUAACAUGCACCCUUAAUAUCACAAAGGGGGCCUAAUUAACCUUUGGGUCCUCCAUGAUAUACGACCACAAUAUGUGUGAAAAAUAAAUUCUCUGUGUAUAUGAUGAGUGUAAUAAUGUGGAUUCUGAUGAUCUAGCUAGCUCGUAGUACUCCAAGUUGGGUGUCUUUUUUCUUUUUCUUUUUAAUUUUUUAACAUCAUUAGCUAGGGUUUUGUUAUUAGGGUUUUAAUGCUAUUGACUCCGAUGUUAGUUGUUACCCACAUUUCUAUUUUGGGCUACCCGUUUGGUGAAACUUUAAUGCAAUUGACUCUUAACUUAA